AUGCGACCCACUUCUGAAGGAGAAGUCGCCGAUGUCAUGCAAAAGCUACGCAACAACGAGGCGCUUGCUGAAAUCUACAAGCCUUAUGUCGACACUCGAGCGCUCUGCCUCUAUGAGGUGCAUGGACAACCAUGGUCAGGCGAGGUUGCUCCUGAUGACGGCCUCGGGCAUCCUUGUACCUAUCCCCAGAAGGGAGAUAAGACGAGAUGCGAGAAGUACCACGGCAUAAGCCUCAUCAGUGCUGCUGUGAAAACCUUCGGUAGUGUCCUUCUCAAGCGACUCCAGGCUGUUCUUGACUCUAGGACGAGGUCAACCAAGCUGGAUUCCGGUGCUGGGCAUGGAUGCGCAGAACAGAUAUUCACACUGAGGCACAUCCUUGAAUUCCGCCAUAACUACCGGCAACCGACGACCGUCUUUUUUGUUGACUUUGGCGUCACGUUCAAUUCCGUCCACCAUGGGUUUCUGUGGCGGAUAAUGGCACUACAUGAUGUACCGUCAAAAAGCAUCGUCAUGACUAAGGCCUGUUACCACUUCACCACUGAGCGAGUUCUGGUCCAUAACAACCUUUCUCCUCCGCUCGGUAUUCGAUCUGGCGUUCGACAAGAUCGUAUCCUGUCGACCAUCCCGUUUAAUUACGCUAUUGAUUGGGUUGUCGGGAGGGCUCUACAGGAAGAUGACUGA